AUGGCAUUUUCUAACCGAAGCUUUCAGUGGGGCACCAGCACCCGUGUCCAAUCCAUGGCACCCAGUGUCAGCGGUCUAACCUCCAGGAAAACGGCCAUCCAGAAGAUCCAGGCACCUAGUGUCUAUGGGGGAGCUGGUGGCUACGGCACCCGCAUAUCUGCCAGCACCAGCCAUGGCCAAGGCUUCGCUGGCAACUUCCAGCUUAACGUUACUGGUCACGAUGCACUGCUCACCGGCAACGAAAAAUCAACAAUGCAAAAUCUAAACGACCGCUUGGCUUCGUACCUGGAGAAGGUGCGUUCUCUAGAAAAGGCAAACUCCCUGAUCGAAAAGCAGAUCAAGGAGUGGUACGAGAAGAAUACCACCGACGUAAGGCAUGACUACAGCUCCUACUUUACAACAAUUGAAGAUCUCCAAAAAAAGAUUGGUGCUGCACAGUUGGACAACGCGAGGCUCGUCCUGCAGAUUGACAAUGCCAAACUGGCUGCUGAUGAUUUGAGACUGAAGUAUGAGAAUGAACUUCUGCUCAGGCAAAGUGUCGAGAGUGACAUUAACGGGCUGCUCGGAGUUCGUGAUAACUUGACCUUGACGAAUACUGAUCUGGAGUCACAGAUUGAAAGUGUGAAUGAAGAACUCGCUUUUCUUAAGAAGAACCACGCGGAGGACGUUGACAGGCUGCGCAAACAGGUGGGCGGCUCAGUUAACGUAGAGGUGGAUGCUGCUCCAAGUAUUAAUCUUGCAACUAUUAUGGAAAACAUGAGACAGCAAUAUGAAGAACUGGCAGAAAAGAGCCGUCAAGAAGCCAAAGAACAGUUUGAGAAGCAGACAGAAGAACUGAACCAGGAAGUAGCAAUCAACGUGGAACUGCUGCAAACACAAAGGAGAGAGGUCACCGAGCAGAGACAGAUCUUGAACAGUCUGGAGAUAGAACUACAGUCUCAGUUUAACACGAAAAAGUCUUUAGAAGACACCCUGGCUGAAACUGAAGCACGCUACAGUUAUCAGCUCACCCAAAUACAGGAAGCAGUUGCCAAGUUAGAGGCUCAACUGAGGCAACUCCGAGCGGACAUGGAGGGUCAGAACAACGAGUACAGUGUCCUGCUGGACAUCAAGACUCGCUUGGAAAUGGAGAUCGCCACGUACCGCCGGCUGCUGGAAGGCGAGGACAGCGGAUCUUUCCAACUGGAUGUAUCUACAGCAGAGCUUGAAAAAGAAUCAAGUAAAGUUAAGAAGAUCAAGACAAUUGUUGAAGAGGUGGUUGAUGGCAAGGUCGUCUCCUCUCAGAUCAAAGAGAUUGAAGAGAAGCUGUAA